AUGGAUCCCCAGCCCGAGCCAGUCAGCUACAUCUGCGGAGGUAAUUAUUCUCUAUAUCUGCCGUUCCUAUGUAUUUAAAUCGAAACUCCUUUCUUCUAGAAUUCACUCCUUGAAAAAAAACCAAAAUCAAACUUAACUACACCUUGUGUAUUGUUUCAGAUAAUUUUAGAAGAACAUUUGCGUCAUCUAAUUUCACGAUAUUUUUUGGAGAAGUUCCUUCAUUUUCCUUUUCAUGAUAUUCAUUUUAAAUUAUGUUUGCAUUAACUAUUCAUCUUUUAGAUUGCGGAGGGGAGAACACGUUGAAGCCUGGUGACGUGAUACAGUGCCGGGAGUGUGGGUAUCGCAUACUGUACAAGAAGCGGACUCGUCGAAGUGAGUCGUUAUGAUACUAUUCAGCUUUUCCUGGCCCGUCGCUUCUUUUUAUUGUUUUAUCCGCUUUAUGUUUGACUGAGUUCUCUAUGGCUGUAGAGUACCUAAAAGAUGAAAUCUCUGAAACACGAGGGAAAAGGAAUUUUUUUGGAACUCAUUGGUUGAUAGAAGAAGACCUAAUGUCCUAGGCUGAUAUAUUUAUUAGAGUUAUAUGUUUUAACAUCAGUAGAUCCAACUAUAAUUUUUUUUCUCAUGGUUUUUAGUGUAAAUGUCCCGUUGGAUGCUUAUUCAAGGUUCUUCUAAUCCACUGUUUUGGAUUUAAUUAGAGCGGAUAUGGUUGGAUUCAUUGUUUGAUAGCUGAAUUAGACUAGAAUAUCGUCUAUGGAUAGUAGCAGACCUCGAGAAUUCAUUUGUAUGGAAAUCGUAGGGACCAGAAAUCGCGUAUACUCUCAUAUUGGUGACAUUAUUGUUGCUUUAAUCGGGGCAGUAGAGAAUUUUUUCCUUUUUGUUGUUAAUUCACGGGUAUAGAAUAGAAACGUUUUUCUUUGUUCCCACAGACAGAGAGCUCAUUGUGAGUAGGAGGGAGAGGAAGGGAGAACUACUUGAUGGGCGAUCUCUAUUAAUACCUAAAGGAAUUCACUUAGGUGUAGUCUAUCGGUGAUUGAGAAGGCCACUCCCCAUAGGGAAGUUUGUGCAGGGUUGGCCUGGAUCACUUUCAUUUUUCUUCUUUUGGGUUUUAUCAGUGAAUCAAUUAACGAAUUGUACGUUCUUCUCCGUUAAGCCAUAAACAAAAAGGCAUUCCGAUCCAGAUUUGGGCUGGUUCUGUCGUAUCUCAUAUCUGGUGAAUUAAUCCAUCCUACCCAAGCAACCCCUCAGUUUCUUCCCCCCUCCUUAGUUAGAAUGUGAUGAAGUUAUAACCAUCUAAGUUUUAUAUUCUGCCCAGAAGGAAAAGUAAGAUUGGAGACCUGCUUCUGAUGGCUUGAUUCUGGGGUUUCUUUACUCUCCAUGAGUACCUGCUUCUGGCUGAUUCUUAGAGUAAAGAAUCAUUAUGUAAUGAUCAUAUCGAUUUACUUAUUCAUACGGCAUUCAUUUUCUGGCAGUCGUUCAAUACGAAGCUCGUUGA